AUGUCUCUCCCCUCCCGUGCUACAAAGAGAUCUAAGUGGCCACGAUCACGGAAUCCUGGGGUAACCUGCGUAAAGCCAAAGGUUGCCCUGACAUCGGCUUACACACCACUUCUCCAGUUAGAGCGAAGAAUGUCCGAGGUAGUCAGCGGUCAGGGGGUUACUGUGAAUGGACUGCUAAUUCUUAUGCGAGGUCUCCCCGGCUCUGGGAAAACCAGACUCGCAAACCGCUUGGCCUCCUGCUAUCCUUCUAUGACAUCAGUUGUCAGUCUGGACAACCAUUUUGGCAAGUGGCUGCCCGGAACUAGCCCAGCUCCCACUGCCUCCGAUCUGGCGGACGCUCAGGCAGCCUGCAAACAACUGGGCACCUUUUACCCUGCCAACGUGUACCUAAGUUCUAUUUGUUCUUACGUCACCGACCCUUGGUCUGCCAUGCAGAAUGGAGUCCGCUUCGUCAUCGUGGACAAUGAAAAUCUGAGGUACUCUGACAUGCUGCCUUACGCAUCUGAAGCCUUGAAAAACAACUAUGAAGUUCAUUUUCUGGAGCCAGAUAACCAAUGGCGGUAUUCGUCGCGGGCUUUGUCCCGUAAAAAUCGGCGUGGCCUGACCGAGAAGCAAAUGGAAAGUCUCUUAGAACAGUUUGAGAGAUUCUGCACGGCUGAGGAUUUCGUUGCUGCACUGGCAUCGCGUAAAUCAACGUCAUGCAAAACACCUAAGGUCUCUCUUCAAAAUGAUUUCCAGUUACAAAACAAUGUGUCAUUUGAUCAAGAGCCUCCAAUAAGGACAGAUCCAGGUGAUGUAAUGAGUCCAAAUGACCUCACAGCCAGUCUUUUAAAAUCUCUUCGUGUUGCGGACUCUGAAGAUAGCUCUAUUCAAGUUAAUGGAUGGUCACAGCCACAGACACCUACAGAUGGUGUGUUGGAGCAGCUUCAGGAGAUGUUUCCACAUUUGCAUCUAUCUUUCCUUCAAGAGCUGGUCAACUUAACAGACGGGGAUUUCGAAUACGCGGCCGCGAUUGCCGCUGAGAAUGAACACCAGCCUGUGUUGGAGGCUUGUGAGAAACGCGGGGUACUACCAUUGAAUCCGCCUACGUCAGUGGACGAUUCAAAUCCAGAUGAACCGGAGAAACUGCCUGGGGAAGAUGGUCUAGCUGAUAAUGUGCCAGUUUUAGUACCCACUAAACCACCCGAAAAAAAGUUCCAGGUAGAAAAGGAGUUUCCUCCCAUUCAACUAUCUCGUCGCUUUUUGAAAUCUACAUACGAUCUUUAUGCUGUUGAACUUGGUCUUCCAAAGCUGAUGAUCGGAAGUGCAGUAUCCGCACAUCUGAUUGGCCAGAUAAAUGUCAACAACCCCAAUACUCCCGACCUAGAGAGUGUCAUUAUUGAAGAAUCGGCUGUUCGAUUGUCAGUUGAGGAGCAGCGGAAGCAUUUUGAGAUGCCCCACGCACAGGAAGCUCUGCAAACUCUCGUGCAACAGCAUCCAGGCAUUGAUCGGGAGAUCAUCAUGGAAACACUAGUUCGAUGCGGGUACGAUUUUGACGCAGCAACCGCGUGUUUAGUGGCCGGAAUUUUGGAUAUGACGUCGUUCAGUGAAGCAUCGUCCACUUCUGAAUUUAAAGCCUCGUCAUCGAAGUUUGUUGCAAAACCUGCCGGCGAACAAACACCUCAAAAGCCAAAUGAAGAAAACUUGAGUCUAAAAGAAAUCCUUGAGGAAGGGCAGGCCAUUCGUCGCUCUGUAGCGGAUCAGGCCAAGAACACCCAAAAGCUGGCUGUACAACUAACGCUUCAUCGUCUCGCUGGCCGUUUCCCGAGCUUCACCAAACCAUACUUAGUGGAGUUACUUGUUCAAUUCGAUUACGACGAAGAAAAGUUGCUGAACUACCUCGAGACCGAAGGCUACGACCCACUUCCUGUGCCUCCGCUGAUUCCGCAAGCGACAACAGAUGGUAGGACUACAUCGAACAAUUCGACCAUACUUCCGGUGGAUGAUGCCAUGCAGAGCCUGCAAUUACUUGAAGCAGAGAUUGCAGACAUUAGGGAAAAUAUGUCUAAUCUGAAAGAUAUCAUGUCCAAGGCCUAUCGUACACACUCUCACCCGGGCGUAAUAGCCUUCUACAACGAUGAGCUACGAAAGCUAAGGCUCCGGCUUGAUCAUCGUCUUGAUCUCUGCAGUGACUUGCGUGUCACUAUAGGAUCCCAAAAACACGCAGCUGAGAAUUCCAACGCCGAGAAGCAGGAUUCUCGUGGAGUCGCUCGUCAGUGGCUCUCUUUUAUCGACCUGCACGGUCUUGACUUGCGUCGCGCCAUGCAUGCCCUCCGGCGACGCCUUACCCUCCUCGAGUCAAGCCACGCUCCCCCGGGGACACCCCUUCCCCCUGGCGGCCAGACCUUGCCCAAUUCCUGGCUACCGAAACGCCUCACCAUAGUCACUGGUUGGGGCUCGAAAGCACUUUCUCUAGCCAAUCAAAAGCCCUACUCCAUCCUUAGACAAAAUGUGCUUAACUACCUUCGUACUUCUGGCUACAGCUUUGUGGAAACGCCCUACCUAGGAUGCGGCUGCUUCGAGGUUCAACUGGGUACAAGGAAAAGGCAGCUUUAA